AGGGCUUUGUUAUGUACCCCUCUGAUCAAGUUCUUAAAGCUCCUCCAUCUGCUCCAGCAGUGCCUUCUGAUAUCCGUCACCUUCAAGCUUGUGUUCGUUAACACUACAAUCUCAACUGAAAGGACAGGUUUGCACUGUGGUAUUUACCUCACAGAAGGCCAUGAGUACCUUUGGCUAUCGCCGAGAGCUGAGCAAGUACGAGGACUUGGAUGAGGAUGAGCUGCUUGCCUCACUGACCGCUGAAGAGCUCCAGGAAUUGGAAAAGGAGCUGACCGAUAUUGAGCCAGAUGAUAAAGUCCCCAUUGGACUAAGGCAGAGGGACCAGACAGUUAAAACCCCCACGGGCACAUUUAGCCGAGAGGCUCUCCUAAAAUACUGGGAGAAAGAGACACGGCAGAUUCUUGAAAAUGAAAGGAUGGGGUCUUCAAGCCCCCAGAUUUGUUGUGGAUUCCAGGCUGGUGAAAAUAAUGAAAAAGACAAUAUGACAGAAAGCGAUAGCGAGGAAUCAGAAGAGGAGAAAGAAGCUGAGGAUGAGAAGGAAAAUGGUUGUAUAGAUGAUGAUGAAGACGAUAAUGAAGAGAAGGGUGAAUUAGAGGAGCCAAUUACUGAGGAGGAGGAGGAGGUGGAGGAGGAGGAGGUGGAGGAGGAAGAAGAAGAAGAGGAGGAAGAAGAAGAGGAGGAGGAGGAAGAAGAAAAAGAGAUCGUCAGAAAGCAGGAAAAUAACCUCAAAAAGGAGAGUGUUCUGGAAAAAUGUGUUCCUCUGCAUAACAUGUACAACGGUCACUCAAGCCUCAAGCCAGACAAUUCUGUGAGGAGAAAUUCACCACAGGAGCCAAACCAGUUGUCAGGAAACCCCACUGUCCUGGAUGAAGCUCUGGAAAAGAUCCUCUGUGAUGACCCUGACACCACUGAAGUCAAUCUCAACAAUAUUGAUAACAUUUCCCAAGAAAACUUGAUCCGCUUUGCAGAAGCCCUGCGCUCCAACACGCAUGUGCGGGCUUUUAGUCUGGCGAACACUCACGCUGAUGACCCAGUAGCCGUUGCAAUUGCCAAAAUGCUGAAAGAGAACUUCCACAUUACUAAACUAAACAUUGAGUCUAACUUCAUCACAGGAAAGGGUAUCCUAGCACUGGUGCAAGUGCUUGCACACAAUAACACGCUAACAGAGCUACGCUUCCACAACCAGCGCCAUAUCUGUGGAGGUCAGGUAGAGAUGGAGAUGGUAAAACUGUUGCGAGAGAACACCACGCUCCUCAAGCUUGGCUAUCAGUUUGACCUGCCUGGUCCUCGAAUGAGCAUGACUGGCAUCCUCACACGUAAUCAGGAUCUUCAAAGGCAGAAGAGAAUGCAAGAACUGCGUCAGCAGCAAGGAGGUACCUCAACUCCUAUUAACCCACGCACAAAUGCGCUACAGAAGAGCACACCUACCUCUUCUCCAUAUGGGUCUCCUCGGAGUUCACCAUGGUCAUCUCCAAAGCUGCCACGUAAUGAUGUAAUAAAAAGGAAUCCUCAACCAAGUCUUCCACCACCGCCCCCACCUCCACCACCACCUCCUCCUCCUCCACCAGCUCCUCCACCACCUCCCCUCAAAUCCCAGAGCAUCACUGAGAAAAGAGGUCCAAGCAGAAAGAUUGCAGAAGUGAUCAAACUUCAAGAAGCAAGUGCCAAAAAGCAGCAGGAUCGGGGCAAAGGCAAGUGUAAGUCCAAAAAAGGGAAGAAAGGGGUUCCCAAGGAAAACGGGACUGAAAACAUCCUUAAGGAGCUGAAAAAUGCACUGAGGCCCAUCACGGACAGAGACAGUUCCAGACCCUCUACCCCAAUGCGGUCGGCCCAUGACGAACUAAUGGCCUCUAUUCGAGCAAGCAGUAUCAAAUCCCUCAAACGGGUGGAUGUUCCCCAGUAUCUUCAGUAAUGCGGCGUUUGUACCAAGAAAGAAAAUAGAACAUUGCCACACAUCAUCUCCAAAGAUCCUUUCCAUAGCGCUAUGUUCAUACAAAAUACUUUUUAAUUAAUCUGCAUAGUUAGUGCAAUCUUGUUCACUUCAAGUUCUGUCUGUAUGAAGUUUUGAAUGUUCUCCUGAUGUGGGUUUCCUUUGGGUUCUCUGGUUUCCUCCCACCUCCUAAAAAACAUGAUAGCAAUAUGGCUAAGCUAAAUUACCCCUAUGUGUGAAUGUGUGUGUGUGUUUGACUGACAUCCCAUCCAUGGUGCAUUCCUGCCAUGCACCCAGCAUUCCAAGGACAGGCUCUGGAUCCAUCUUGACCCUAAAGCCCUACUAGAAGAUGAAUGAUGAAUGAAUGUCCAGAACAUCAGCCUAUGUAUAAUUUUCAGCUGAUAUGUCAUUUGAAAUUGCAUGAAAAAUGAAAGGAAAGUACCAGAAAAGGUGAUGCCAUAGAAGAAUUUCAUUUUGUUUCCUCAAUUUGGUUUUCCAUAAUUUAAGGUGGCAACAGUAGACAUAUGAAUGGAAAUGGAACCAUUUAAGUGCAACAAAAUAGUUCUUCUAUACAGUAGCAAUGCUCUAAAGAACAUUCUCUGGAACAGUUCAUUUUAAGUGUGCCAGUUUAAGUCAUCAACUCUCACAGCUCACUGUGUACAACUUUUGAACUACACUUUAUUCUAACAGGAAGUCUACUUCAUACAUAUCCUAUAAAUUAAGUUGUUAUUAUUAUUAAAUUAAAAUAUUGUUGGAUAAGAGAAGCAAUAGGCUAACCUAUAAAUGGGAGGGACUAAAUAGCUGCAGUUUGUUCAUAUUUUCACACAAAUAACUGUAACCGUGUCUAAUUGUUUUGCAUGAAGGCCUGUGCUUAUAGUACACUGAUGAAAACAAAACAAUAGUUUCUCAAUUUAAUUUAUAUUUCUGUAUUGAUUUAUUCUUGGUUUUUUUAGGUUAAUUUCUGUAUAAAUGUAAAUAUUUGCUUUGAUCUGGAAAAUUAAACCUUUACCUUCAUUUA